AUGAAUGAGAGAGAGAGAGCGAUCGAACUGCGUCUGGACCGCGUGCGUGCUGGGAAAUGCCGCCACUUGGCAGAGGCACAGAGUGAACCCGUGGGUCGGGUUUGGCAGAACCCACGGGUCAGGAGAGGAUUGUCGAAGUGA